ACAUGUAGGGGACGACACUCUCGUAAGGGAGACCACUCCCUCGCACGACGCGAAGUCCAAGGCCGUGAAUGGAUGUAAAUAAAUAAUCAUGGCUGCUUCGGCGCAAGAGAAGUUCAACGCCGCGGUAAAAGUGAUCAGAGGAUUGCCUAAACAUGGUUCCUUCCAACCAUCUCAUGAGCUGAUGCUUAAGUUCUAUGCUUACUACAAGCAGGCAACUGAAGGUCCAUGCACAGCACCCAGGCCAAAUAUGUUUAGUGUUGUCAACAGAAGGAAAUGGGAUGCCUGGUCAGAACUUGGAGAAAUGCCAAAAGAGCAAGCUAUGUUGCUGUACGUGGAUGAGUUGAAAAAUGUGAGCAAGCAUGUAAAAGACACAUUGUACCGUCCAGAGAUUGUGGAAACAAUGCCUCAGACAGAACAGGUGGCUGAGUUUGUGCAGACACUGGGGACAUUCUAUGAACUAGUAGAGGAAGGAUCAGUAGUAGAAUCAAUCAAAGGGGUAGAAGGUCAGAAUGGUUCAGCUGUCUUUAAUGGAGGUGGGGAGCACAACAUGAACCACUCAGAUAUUAUUGGGGAUAUGCUGGAAAAUGGCAGAGAAGACAGAAGACCUUAUGAUGGUGCAGACCUAGUGGCUAGCAAUGGCAUUGGUGCUAAUGGGUUGUCUGAAGAGGAGGAUGAGAGUGAAAGUGAGGAAGAAAACGAAGAAGAAAAGGAGGAUGUUGGCUUCCAGUUGAAGACUUCAGGACAUGUUGACAGUGGCAGUGACACAGAUGAAUUUUGUGACACAUCAGACCAACUUAUUCAGAUGUCAGUUAAGAAUAUGGCAAACGUCAGCUCUCAGCCUCUAAUGGAGACAUCCACUCCCAUGAAUGCUAAACGUGAGAUACGAGUUCGUUUCGCUCCACAUCCAGAAGAGUCUCAGAAUGGUGAUACAUGCUUGGAUUACUUAAAUAGUAAUGAUCGUAAUUCAGAGUGUCUUCCUGUUUCAAGUCCGCAGAUGAGGAAUGAUCGACUAGCCCUUGGUUCAGUAGUUGGCUCAGUCUUUGUACAAGAAGAUACUGCUGUUCCUUGUCGAUCUGAAACUGACAGUCUGUAUGUCCAUGGCUCUUGUUCCUCCCUUGUUAGCCUUGCUGGAGACAGUGUCAUUGGUGAUGCCAUUGUUGCCUCCACAGAUUUGCAGGGGACAGAUUUAGAAGAAGAUACAUAUGAUGGCAGGAGCAUUUCACUUGACUUAAACUCUUCCUUCAGAGAUCCUGUGAAAAGUCGAGGAGGAGGUGAGGAAGAUGUCACAUCACGUCAGAGGACAAAUGUUACAUAUACAACAGGUUUUGGUGCUUCCUGGAAUGCUGGUGAAUCUGGGAGAAACCCAGGACAACAGGCAGGGGAUGGGGGCAGACGUGGCUUCUUUCCAGGUGGUUCGGGUAGUGGAGGGCAGAGGGGAGAGGGGUGGAACCCGGCAGGGAAGCUCACUGCUAGAUGAACAGGUGUUGGUGGCUUUGCUACGUCUUCAGCAGGAUGUCACAGAUGUGCUGAACCGUCUUGGUAAACUGGAGGUUGCCGUCCAGGAGCAUCAGGAGGUGAUGCUUUUUGUCAUGUUCUAAUGCUUGUGUAGAUAUACACUGAAAGUUCUAAAAUCAUUUUGUGCACAAGGUCAGAUUCGCUAACAUGCUUGAAAGCAAAUGAUUUAUUUUUCCUUUUUUUUUUUUUUGACAGUUAAAUUAAAAUGAUUACAUUCUUUAAGAUACACUAAGCUACAUACUGUAAGACUUGGCAUUUGCAGACCUGACUGAGAACACCUCCACCUCCUAGUGUCUGGGCACUUUAGUCCACACAGAUCAGAUUUUGGUCAGUGGACACCUGUAAAAUGUGGACAUGGACAGAGAUUUUAGGGACAAAAUUUGCAUCUUCACUUCUCAUCAGUGGACAGUUUUUUGCUUUAGUUUCAUGGGAAGAUCACCUAUUUUCAAAUACUCAAACAGUGCAUCACCAUUAGCUUACACUGUUUGGUGUAGCCUAGGGUACAAGUUUAUUUAUGUUCUCAUAAGAAUUUGUCUCAAGUGUCCAUUUGUAUCACUUCCUGUUACUGAAAAAAGUAGAAAGGAGACUCAUUUUACUAAACAAAAUGAAGUCUUGAAUGUCGUCAGCUGCAUGUGGGAAAACUUUUAACAUUUAACCAUCAUGUCAAAGUUAAUCUGAAGUAGCUAGAUCAUGUAAAGUCCUGAUAAAGCAGUAGAUUAUGGCUGUGGACAGACUAAUUAAGCUCUAAGCUGAAUGCCAUUCCAAGGUAAGAGAUAAAAAUUAGGUUUCCUCUGACUCAAAAAGGUAGAAGAAAAGAAAAUUCUUGUGUGCAAAAUGUAGCAGUGUAGGACUGGUUCUGUGCAACAGAAUCUAAGGACAUUCUAGUUAGUACAAGAUAAUUUAUUCUUUCACCCUCUUAGGGGUUUUGAGAUAUUCAAAAGUCAAAUAUCCACAUAACAUGCAGUAUAAAACCUUAUAUGAAAUAUGCACACACAUAUAUAUAGCUACACACACAGGAUUCUGUCUAUAAAAUUGAAAUGGAAAAAAGCAGCACCCAUAUUUGUCUUUUGACUUGCAUCUCAUACAAGAUGUCCACAUGAGUAGACUGGAGCAACCAUCAAGAGGAUGUCUUCAUAUGUUGAACACAUUGCAGCUCUAUAAAAUCAUUGUGCUUGGGUGCUUGCAUGCAUAUAUACGUGUGUUUUUACUGACACUUACACAUCCUGUCUUUUAAAGGCAGGUUUGUUUUUUAA